GAAGAAGAAGGGAAAGGGGAGAGUAAAGGAGAAGGGGAAAAGGAAGAACCCAGACCCCAUUCCACCGCCACAAUAAGGAACAUGGCUGCCAAAGACUUAAUUGAAAGCUUCAAGGCAGGACCCACUUGCUCCCUCUGCCUAGACUACUUCACUGACCCAGUGACUGCCAGAUGUGGCCAUAGCUUCUGUAUAGAGUGUCUUCUCCAGUGCAUGGAGGGAGCUGAUGCUACAUUAACGUGCCCAGAGUGCAAACAACUCAUCCAGAUCAGCAAUUUGAUACCCAACAAGGACCUACAGCAACUGUCCACCACUCGCAAAAGACGCAGACAUCAUUUGCUACAGAGCUUGGAGAACCUGACCACCUGUGAUAAACAUGGGAAAAAGGAGAUGCUCUUUUGUGAGGAAGACCAGAAACUCCUCUGUGAGUCUUGCUCAUUAGCCCCAGAGCACAAAGAUCACCAAGUGGUUCCCAUGGACAUAGCAAUUGACAAGUACAAGGUCAUGCUCCAGGAGAAAUGGAAUAUCUUGAAGAAAAAAGAAAAGGAAUUUAGAAUGAUACUGGAAAAAAUGAAAAGGAUAACGGACCCUUAUAUGGAUAAUUUUUUUUGUUUUAAACAAGCACUUAAAUAUGAAUACAAGAAAAUACAUGAGUUCUUAGAGGAUGAAAAAAGAUUACACCUACAAUUAUUGGAGCAGGAAACCAGAGAUAAAGAGGAAAAGAAUGAGAAGAAAAAGGACGAAUUUUCACAACAAAUAAAGCUUAUUCAAACAAAGAUUUUAGACAUCCAGGAAAAAAUGGACAAGAACCCAUUAGAAUUGAUCAAGGGUGUGAAAAGCUCAUUGGAAGGAGUUGAGGAGUUGUUAGAUCAAGAACCAGAUCUGGAGGAUGGUCCUGAAAUCUGGACCACGUACCGCACCACUGGCUUCAAAAAAAUGCUCCUGAGACACUACAGGGAUAUAACACUCGAUCCUGAAACAGUCGGUCCUCAUCUCAUUGUAUCUGAAGAUUUGAAACAGCUCAAGUGUGGUAUCGCUAACAAUGAAAGAGAUGGUGGUGUUGGUGUAUUGGGAGCCCAAACCUUUACUUCAGGCAGACAUUACUGGGAAGUGGAGUUAGGGGAUAAUAUAAAAUGGGAAGUGGGGGUCUGUCAAGAUCCACUUAGCACAAGGGGAAACCUCUCUAUAUUAGUUGAAGAUAUAAUUGCUCUAGAAGGCUUCAGAUUUGAGGAUAAUUUCCUCAUGUGGGCUUCAGAGAGAGACGAUAUUGUGAGUGAGGCAAUUGAGAAGUUGGGCAUCUUUCUUGAUUAUGAAGACGGAAAUGUAACAUUUUACAAUGCCACAGAAGAAAUCUAUAUCUAUAGUUCCCCAAAAACAGUUUUUCAAGGGCCUCUUCGCCCUUACUUCUGUAUUUCCAUUCAUAACCAAGAAAAUAUUCCUGGAUCGCUCAUUAUCUGCCCCAAGAGUAAUUAGUAUAGGACUGUCACUGAUGCUAAUUAUUAUGGGAACCUCUCAAUGACAAGUGACUGGAAAUGAUUUUGAAAGUGAUUUUCUAUUCUUUUAAACUCCAUGUUGAAAUUGUUAAUAAAAGUCUGUAUUAUCAAAAGCAAUUAUAAUAAAGGCCAACUUUUUUAUAUUUGGUAACAA